GGAGUGAGUGGAGCACAAAAAAAGAGAGCUUUGUAAACCUGACAAAGUUUUGAGAUUACAAGAAGGUUUCACGAAGGAGAAGGACGUGCAUGGAGAGAUUUCUAAUCUACCGGAUCUGCUUUCACUUUGGAGUUUUCGUAUUCUUUUACACAUUUCGUUUUCUGGAGUUUGGCAUUGCUGAAGAAUAAGAUCAUACUACUACUACUACUACUACUACUACUACCACUACUACUACUAAUAAUAAUAGAAGCAUUUGGUGGAAAAACAAAGUUUUCACUGACUUUUCUGUCGUCAUUGCACAGCAUUUCACGUGGGAUCUAUAACACAGGAGCGGGUUUUUAAAGGGUCAUGUUUUGCACGAUUGUAGCCCUCUGACUUUUCUUCUGCCUUAGUGAUUUUGAGAGCUUAAAAGUGGAGUUAGUGACGUGCUGGUAUUACGCGAGGAGACGUCCCCAAGGGAGCUCGCAUUCCUCGCUUUGAUUCAUCCCAUGCACACGCCUGCUGCAGGACACAGCCAGAUUGGUUUCUCUGCGACUUUUUAAACUCGAAGCCAGAGGUGAAAAGAAAAGCAGGACUUGGUGGAUCAAGCAGCUUUCGGUUCAUGGUACUGCAGAGGUUCUCUGAUGGGAUUAGAGGCAAGAUGGGGUUCUAUGGAAGGAUCAGGAAUUUCCAAUAACAGGAUGUUCACUUGGGGUUGCCUCCUAUGUCUGGCCGUGGUCUCCAUGGCAACGCUUUCGUUAGCACGGCCUCCAUAUGAUUUGUCAGAAGACACGACUGCAGAACCUGAUGAACCUCCCACCAAAUACCAAAUCUCUGAGCCCACAGUAAGCUCCUUCCACCCGGGCGACCUGCUGCAGCUGAGAUGCCCUUUGCAGGAGGCUGAGAACAUCACUUGGACUAAGGAUGGGAUCCUAUUGGGGUCCAACAAUAGGACAGUUAUUACUAAGGAGUGCUUGGAAAUUAAAGACGCUACGCCUAAGGACUCUGGCUUCUAUGCUUGCAGGCCUGUUAGUCCAGUAGGCAGUGGUACUCAUUACAUCAUUGUGAAUGUAACAGAUGCUAUCUCCUCUGGUGAUGAUGAAGAUGACACGGAUAGGUCUGAGGACGCUCCCAGUGACAACCCCAAUAUGAAUGCCCCGUACUGGACCAAUCUGGAGAAAAUGGAGAAGAAGCUCCAUGCGGUCCCGGCCGCCAACACUGUGAAAUUCCGCUGCUCAGCAGGAGGGAACCCCAAACCUGCCCUGCGCUGGCUGAAGAAUGGCAGAGACUUCAAGCAGGAGCAUCGUAUUGGGGGCUUUAAGGUCCGACCUCAGCACUGGAGUCUCAUAAUGGAGAGUGUGGUUCCUUCGGAUAAAGGGAAUUACACCUGCAUAGUACAGAACAAAUACGGAUCCAUCAACCACACCUACCAUCUCGAUGUGGUCGAGCGAUCCCCCCAUCGGCCCAUCCUGCAGGCGGGCCUCCCUGCCAAUGUGAGCGUGUACGUGGGUGAGGAGGCGCGCUUCACCUGCAAGGUGUACAGCGACGCCCAGCCGCAUAUACAGUGGCUCAAGCACAUCGAGAAGAACGGCAGCCGCGUCGAUGCCGACGGAAAGGCGUACUUCCAGGUCUUAAAGACUGCCGGUGUUAACACCACGGAUAAAGACAUUGAGGUUCUGUGUUUACCGAAUGUAACUUUUGAGGAUGCUGGGGAGUAUACAUGCUUGGCGGGUAAUUCUAUUGGGAUCUCCUAUCACUCUGCAUGGCUCUCGGUUCUACCAGUUCCUAUGGAAGAGUUUAAGAAGGACCUGACCUCCCCUGACUAUGUGGAGAUUGCCAUCUAUUGCAUUGGGGUGUUUCUGAUCGCCUGCAUGGUGGUGAUUGUGGUGGUGUGCCGGAUGAGGACCACGGCCAAGAAACCAGACUUCAGCAGCCAGCCCACGGUGCACAAGCUCACCAAGCAGAUCCCUCUGCGCAGACAGGUAACAGUGUCUGCAGACUCCAGCUCCUCCAUGAAUUCCAACACUCCCCUGGUUCGCAUCACAACGCGUCUCUCGUCUGCCGUGGACACUCCCAUGCUGGCGGGGGUUCCAGAGUAUGAGCUCCCUGAAGACCCCCGCUGGGAGUUUGCAAGAGACAAGCUGACUUUGGGCAAGCCGCUGGGGGAAGGCUGCUUCGGGCAGGUGGUCAUGGCGGAGGCUCUGGGAAUCGACAAAGACAAGCCCAAGGAGGCAGCGACAGUGGCUGUGAAGAUGCUGAAAGCUAAGAGCUUUGUUUUUGUUCCUUUCGAUUCAGAUGACGCUACAGAGAAAGACCUGUCUGACCUGGUGUCCGAGAUGGAGAUGAUGAAAAUGAUCGGAAAGCACAAAAACAUCAUCAAUCUUUUAGGAGCCUGCACCCAGGAUGGCCCCCUGUUUGUAAUAGUUGAGUACGCGUCAAAGGGGAACCUCCGUGAGUACCUGCGUGCCCGCCGCCCCCCUGGGAUGGAGUACUCCUAUGAUAUCACCCGUGCGUCAGACGAGCAGCUCUCAUUCAAGGACCUGGUGUCCUGCACUUACCAGGUAGCACGAGGCAUGGAGUACCUGGCGUCUCAAAAGUGUAUUCAUCGUGAUCUUGCUGCCAGGAAUGUAUUAGUCACAGAAAACAAUGUGAUGAAAAUAGCAGACUUUGGCUUGGCUAGAGAUGUCCACAAUAUUGAUUAUUAUAAAAAGACAACAAAUGGGCGGCUUCCAGUGAAAUGGAUGGCUCCAGAAGCACUCUUCGACAGAGUUUACACCCACCAAAGCGAUGUGUGGUCCUUUGGUGUAUUGAUGUGGGAGAUCUUCACGUUGGGAGGCUCCCCAUACCCUGGCAUUCCUGUAGAAGAGCUUUUCAAGCUUCUUAAAGAGGGACACAGAAUGGACAAGCCUGGCAACUGCACCAAUGAACUGUACAUGAUGAUGAGAGACUGUUGGCAUGCCAUUUCUUCACAUAGACCAACAUUUAAACAACUGGUUGAAGACCUGGACCGAAUUCUGUCCUUAACUACAAAUGAAGAGUAUUUGGAUCUGUGCGCCCAGGCAGAGCAGUAUUCCCCCAGCUUCCCUGACACACGAAGCUCCUGCUCCUCCGGCGAUGACUCUGUGUUCUCCCAUGAGCUCCUGCCGGACGAGCCCUGUCUUCCCAGGUACCAGCACACCAACGGCAGUGUUAAAACAUGAAGCAGCUGAGCCGCCACCUCACGGGAGAGGCUUCCAGCAGAGACUGCAUCUCCAGGGACCAAGGCUUCCGUCUGGCUAGCGGACAGACUUUUAUAUGCACAAGAAUAACAGAUUUUUCAAAAGCUCUUAAACUUUUGUAUUAAGGAGGACUACUGCCAGGAUUUAUGGACACAGAAUUGUUAACGAGUCUUGCAGCAAGCAAUAACCUCUUCAUUCCACAUUCAAAUGGACCACAAUGGACUUGAGGCAAAGGAGAAAAGCCUUCCUUGUUUAUUUUGUAAUAUUGGUAAUAAUAUAAGCCCACACAUAACUAUGGAGCAACGAAAUGCAGUAUAUAAAGUGUUGGGUAUAUUUGUAAAUAUAUUCAAAUAUGUAUAAAUCUAUAUUAUAUAUUUACAUUGAAUUAUUUUUUGUAUGGAUUUAAGAAAGAGCCCCCCCCCCCCCAAAUGCACCUAGAAUGAAUUACUCUGUUGGCAAAUUGCCAUUACUUGUGUGGCUAAUGUAAUAUCAUGUGUUUCACCUGUGAGAGAGGGUGGGAUACUUGCUUUCAGGGAACAUGGUAGCAUGUUAAUUUAUUGACCUGUGUAGAAAAAAGAAAAGAAAAAAAAACUAAAACAAAAAAAUAACCCGUUCUGUAUAUUGUAAUUUAAAAUGCUGUUUCAAUGCAGGUAACAGAAUUAAAUGUAUAGUGGGUAUUUUGAAAGAUUGUGGGUUCAUAUGUAUUUUAAACAAAUGUGAAUAUUAAGUUAAAAUUGAAAUACUGUAUAUUUUAUAUAUAGUCUGCUAAUUAUUUGCAUAGAAAAUACAGUACUUUGUCAGCUCCUACCCCAAACCUGUUGUAUUUUGGCUUCAAGUGAAGAUUGGUUUUUAAUAUAUAACAAAACCAUUAUUCAAAUCUUUAUAAAUACCCACUACUACCACUUGACAUUGUUACUUCCUCUAGUCUAAGAGUAGGAUUACUCAAGUUGUCUUAAGAAGAAAAGAAAACAAAGUAUUAAAAUCAGUUCAUGUUUUCUACUGGACCAAUUAAGGAAAUGUUUCUGCAAGUGUUUCCAACACUUCGGCAAAUUAAAGACAAAUAAGCUGAUUCACUGGUUUCUUUUUCAGUGUCAUUUUUUUAUGUAUAAAAGUUAUUGCUCAAAAGAGCCAAAUUUUUCAACAUUUCGGUAUGUUUAUACCUUUCUCAAGGGAAAGUGUGUGUGAAAACAAACACUGCAGGUAUUUAUAGGCUUUUGAUACCAUGGUAACUGAACUCGUUUAUUUAUGUUUAAAUGUAUUAAUGUGCUUGGGAUAUAAUUUUCUACAUAGUUAAUGAUGUAACAAUUUACUAUUCCUUUAUAUUUAAAACUUCAGGCAUCGUGGUAUUGAGUUUAUAUCAAUUUAUGUCCCUUUAUUCUUCUAUUGUACAGUUAUCUAAUUUUAUUUCUUCUAAAACUACACAUUUUCAGUUCUUAAUGCUAUGUUUAUUUUCUGUGUGUGUAAUUUUAUAUAUAUAUAUAUAUAUAUAUAUAUAUAUAUAUAUAUAAAUUACACACACACUGCUUUGUGUUGUGUAUGAUUAUCUAUUGCUGUUUCUGCUUUAGAUAAUAAUUUCUGGUGCUUGUACUUUUUCUAACAACAAUGACUUUGGUAAAGACUCCUCAAAGCUGAUUGUGAGAAAGCAUAUCUGUUUUUUACAGAGCGCAGGGCUUCAUUAUGGAUUUCAGUACAUAGCACAAUGGUAAUAUGCUUCCCCCGUCGCAUCCAAAAAACAGGAGGGAUUUAGGAGGAAACAACAUUAAACAAUCGUGCAGCACACUUUUGGAUUUGAAAUAGGUAAUAAAUAAAAUUAUAAGGAGCGUUUUAAUGAUCCCUUUAAGUCCCCAUCAGUGUAAUGAGGAGGCAGCGUGGUCCAGUGGUUAAAGUCCAGGGCUUGUAACCAGAAGAUCACUGGUUCAAAUCCCACCCUGCCACUGGUGGUCACCGGUUCAAAUCCCACCUUUGCCACUGACUGACUUGCUGUGUGACCCUGAGCAAGUCACUUAACCUCCUUGUGCUCCAUCCUGCAGAUGAGAUGUUAAAUCAAUGUCCUAUUGUAAGUGACUCUGCAUAUAAUGCACAGUUCACAGCCUACCUCUGUAAAGCGCUUUGUGAUGGUGGUCCACUAUGAAAGGCGCUAUAUAAAAAUAAAGAUAUUAUUAUAUUAUCAGAA